AUGUAUAUUUGUGGGUGUGCGGCUCCGUCUUCCCCGGCGGAUGGAUUACAGAUGAAAGGUUCGACGAAGGGAAUUGGGUUGGUGUUGAUGGGGUCUAACAAAAGCUGGUUAAUCAUCUGGGUGAUGUUCUAUACAUUUUUACUAUCAUUCGUUCAAGGAAUGGGAAAUUUGGAUGAUUUUUUUCAUGAUUAUGCAUACAAGGCAUUUAUAAAGCCUCGUACAGGUAUAUUAGACAAUAUCUCUCUCCCUGCAAAUUUUUCUGGUAUGGAAGUUUCGAUUGUUCGACUUAGAAGUGGAAGUUUCUGGGCAAGAGGAGCCAAUUUCAGUUUCUUUCAUAUCCCACCAAGGAUUAUACCAAUGCCUUUUGUGAAGAGACUUGAUAUACUCUAUCAAAACCUAGGAAAUUGGUCAUCUCUUUAUUAUAAUGUACCAAAUUAUAACUUAGUCACUCCUGUUGUUGGAUUUUUGACCUACAAUCCGAAUAGCAGCACAGGAGGAGAUGGAAUGCUCAAUCUUAGCAUCAGGGGUGACCCCAUUUUGGUCCGUUUUCCUGAGAUUUUACUGCCAGAAAAUAAGAAUCUGACCAUGAAGUGUGUGAGAUUUGGGACCAAUGGGUCGGUCGAAUUCAGCAAUGUGACCAUGCCAAACACUUGUGUUGCUAAUGGUCAAGGUCAUUUCUCCAUUGUCAUUCCAACAUCUCACUCCAAGAAGAAAGUGAGGUUUUUGAAAUGGUGGGUUAUGGGGUUUGGUGUGGGAGUUCUGGGGUUGGUUUUAAUAGGGUUUGCUGGGAUUUUGACAUAUAAGCUGGUUAGCAGGAAGAGACUUGGACAAAUGGGGAGAGAGUCUGAAAGAAGUGAAGCUUUGGACACAGUUUGGGUUGGAAGAAGUAGAAUGCCUUCAGCUUCUGGGAUGAGAACACAACCAGUCCUUGAGAACGAUUAUGUUCCUUGA